GGUGCACCGCAUUACACUGAAUCACUGACGAGGAACCUUUAUCUGCGUGAGGGUCAUCGUCCCCGAAGGUCCAUUUCGGGUUGCGUCGGGAGUUCGCUAGUUCUCAUUAACGUCAAUUAAUCGCUGAAGUUGUCGCUGAAUAUGCAGGCAUCAAGGGCUCGGCUUUUUAAGGAAUACAAAGAAGUGCAGAGAGAGAAAGUAGCUGAUCCUGAUAUACAACUUGUUUGCGAUGAUACAAAUAUAUUUAAGUGGACGGCUCUUAUAAAGGGACCAUCAGAAACUCCUUAUGAAGGUGGAGUAUUCCAGCUUGCAUUUUCUGUGCCUGAGUAUUAUCCUCUGCAGCCUCCUCAAGUUCGGUUCUUAACCAAAAUAUUCCAUCCAAAUGUACAUUUCAAGACAGGCGAGAUUUGCCUUGAUAUCUUGAAAAAUGCUUGGAGUCCAGCUUGGACCCUGCAAUCAGUUUGUAGGGCUAUAAUUGCUUUGAUGGCUCAUCCAGAACCUGAUAGUCCUCUGAACUGCGAUUCAGGCAACCUUCUACGGUCAGGGGAUAUUAGAGGUUACCAGUCCAUGGCCCGGAUGUAUACCAGACUUGCUGCCAUGCCCAAGAAGGGGUGAAUCAGUGGAAAGACAUAUGAUCAUAUUUUCCGGAUUUUACAUUUGGUCUUAGACCUGUUGAUGUAACAUGUUACUCCACAAAGUUCUUUCACUGUAUCAUGCACUGAAAUAUAGUGGAUUUGAUAAGCCAUUGUUUACUUAAAUGAUGCUUUUGGAGACUCUAAUGGAAUGGAACUAUAUUUUCUUCUACAA